AUGAUUUUGGACCGAGCCAACAACAUGAAGACAAUGAAGAACGUCAUCCUGCUUCUCUGCCUGGGUUUCACUUGCUCUGUUUCAGCAAGCCUAACAAGUUCAACAUGCCAAACUGGAUGGGAGCAGUAUGGAGAACGAUGCUACAAGUUUAUCAGCACUCUUACAACAUGGGCAGAAGCAGAGCGCUUCUGUUUGCUGUUGGGUGGUAAUCUGGCAUCUGUGCACAGUGUUGAAGAGUACCACUUCAUCCAAGGACUCAUAGUGAUGCAAGCACAUGGUGGAACGGUCACUUGGCUCGGUGGUUCAGAUGCUCAGCAAGAGGGAAUCUGGUUUUGGAGUGACGGAUCCAGAUUUACUUUUUUUCACUGGGGCCCUGGUGAGCCAAAUAACCUAAAUAAUGAGGACUGUCUUCACAUGAACUAUGGUGGAGGACUGCUCUGGAACGACAUUCCCUGCACAGGUCUAUAUCCAUCUGUCUGUGCAAGAGAACUCAUUUAAGCACAUCACUGAGUUUGACGCAGCCGUAGCAGGAGUCAAUGUACCAUAACUUAACAUUCAUCUUCUUAGUAACUCAGGACUGAUUUUCUUUAUGUUCUAUCCUUAGCAUUCACAUGCUAAACCACUGGUAACACUAUCAUAAUGGUUGCAAAAUCAUAGACAUAAAGACUUACAUAAUUAACCAAAUGAUGAACCAAACAUUAACAAAUGUUUUUUUUUUAUUAUUUACUAAGUUUAAUGAAUGCUUCAUAAAAUAUCAACAAAUAAUAUGGUCAAGAUUUUACAAACCUUUGA